GAUUGAAACACGGCAUCUCUCUCUGUCUUAAAAGCCAGACGCCCAAAUUUCUCAUCAUCAAAACGAGACGCUCUCUACCCUCUCUAAUCCAAUCUUUUUCUCUCUUUUAUCUUAAACCAAAAUCUUCUCCUUUCUCUUAUAUAUAUAAAGAAGCUCUCGUUUUCAAACAUUUUCCCUCCGAUUUUACUAGUUAUAAAUAUAUCCUUUUAAAUCCCCAAUUUUUUUUCCGUUGGAAAGCAUGUUGAAUUUGCUUUGAUUUGAUUAAACUCGAUCUUUCUUUUGUUUUGUGUAUUUUUCUUCCAUUUCCUCCGAAAAUUGUAGACUAUACCUUUUAAAAACAUAAAUUUUGGUUAACGGAUUGAAUUUGAUUAAAUUGUAGAUUUAGCGUUUUGAAAACCUAAUUUUUGGUCAACGGGUUGAUUAUACUUGGCAAAUUCGAUUGGGUUGCUUUGGUAUUGUGUGUUUAGAAGAAAACCCAUACGAUUUUUUGGAAAAUAUUGGGGAUUUUCUUUUGAAUUUUUGGUGAGCAAAGAAGAGAAUGGCGGAACAGGGUGGCUUGGAAGGGAGCCAGCCAGUGGAUCUUUCCAAGCAUCCAUCUGGUAUUGUUCCCACUCUUCAGAACAUUGUCUCAACUGUAAACUUAGAUUGCAAGUUGGAUCUUAAGCAAAUAGCACUGCAAGCUCGAAAUGCAGAAUACAAUCCAAAGCGUUUUGCUGCUGUCAUUAUGAGAAUCAGGGAGCCAAAAACUACAGCUUUGAUUUUCGCCUCUGGAAAGAUGGUCUGCACUGGUGCUAAAAGUGAACAGCAGUCUAAACUGGCUGCAAGGAAGUAUGCCAGGAUUAUCCAAAAGCUUGGUUUUCCUGCUAAGUUUAAGGACUUCAAAAUUCAGAACAUUGUUGGGUCAUGUGAUGUCAAAUUUCCUAUCAGACUUGAAGGUCUUGCAUACUCCCAUGGUGCCUUUUCAAGUUAUGAACCAGAACUCUUUCCAGGUCUGAUCUAUCGUAUGAAACAACCAAAGAUUGUGCUUCUUAUUUUUGUGUCAGGGAAGAUUGUGAUCACUGGAGCUAAGGUGAGAGACGAGACAUACACAGCCUUUGAGAACAUAUAUCCUGUACUUACAGAGUUCAGGAAAAACCAGCAAUGAAGAAUUUUGUGGAUCUUGCCUCUGUCUGAUCUUUUAAUUUGGUGGCAAAUAAUACCUUGGAAUGGGAACUGCCUUUUCAGAUAUAAUUUGGUGGCAAAACACAACCUUCCUCAACUCGUUUGUGGAUAUUAGGUUUUCCUCUGCCAUGUUCAGGAGUUGGAUUUCAAGUAUGAAUAUACAAUGAAUAGAGAUUGGCAAAGUAAAGGAGGGGAGUCGGAUACAUCGGAUUGGUACCUGGCUUUUUGGCUGUGGUUGUCAUAUGGGGUUUCCUUUCCCUUAAAGUCAGUAUGGUGCUUAAAUGCUUGGCAUAUGCUGUAAUUAGUAAAUUCAGAAGGAAGAACUAACUGGAAACAAAAAAAAAUGGAAGGAACAACUUGAAGAUUAUAUGUUGGAGACAUUUUGCUUUAUAUUAAAAGUAAUAAUAACUUAAUUAAAGUUGUGGCCCCUAA